AAUAAUGGAUAAAAACAAAACAUUCGCUCCGCCAUCUAAAAAUAUACGUACCAAGCGUCCCUCUACCGUCAGCGUCCUAAGUUCGUCUCGAAAACCGCCAAGUAAAGAAAAAGUUAUACCCAAAACGAAAAUUAACAAAAACGCUACAGUGAUAGGUGACGGUGAUAUAACUAUAUGUAAAACUGAAAGUUCGAUGCCGGAUUUCGACGCGGAAUACCGCCAAAUCGCGUACGGAAAGUUUCUACGCGCAAUGCUCGAAGAUUGCCUUGUUGAGGAAAAAAUUGAAAGGGAAGAAACGCAGAUGGAUAUCCAGAUGGCUCAGUUGGCGGAUCGCUUCCAGAAGACCAUGGAUCAGUUGGAUAAAACAAAUCGGCGUUUGAAAGAUAUUAAUUUUGUUGUUGAACAGAAACGACUCUUAGAUUUGAAAAGCCAAGACUGUUCGAAGUUCUACAACAUAACAGAAAAUUCCAAAGUGGACAAAAUUUUGGACGACCUUGCCGCCACUGAAGAGGCAUCUUUGGACAAAUUAGAACUUAAAAAUGUUGAUUUCGGUUACAACGAUGAAUCUGGCCACAAACAACUGUUAGAUGCUGUGAACGAUGCCAUAGAAGGCCUAGACCAAAUAAAAAAACACUCAAAUUUAGAUAUAGAUAAGUUUAAAGAGUAUGAAAGAUCUCAGAAAACAAUUGACGAUCUAGAUAAAGAUAGAUUCGAUCUCGAAAGCUUGAAAUCUGAAUUUGAAAAGAAGUUUCCAAAGUUCAGCGAAAGAUUGUUGAAAGAUGUGUCGGAGAAACUAGCAGCUGUUAUUGAUAAUGACGAGGAUUAACUUAAAUUGUAAUAAAUGCAGCUAGAAGAUCACACCUAAAUAACACUGCUACAGUAGUGCUAUGUUCCUGUGGAGGGUCAUACGACACUAUUCUUGCAAUGCUUCUGGUACAACACCAGUCACAGGUGUCUUUAGGCUAUGGUAUCUGUUUACCAUCAAGCGAACUGUGAGCUUGUUUGUCACGUUUAUGGUCUAAACAAAUUUUUUUGUAAUCAAAUAACCAUA